UAGAUAUGAAUAAUUUAUCUUAUCUCCUGAUAACCGUAUGACCUUUGAUGUUGAAAAUACGAGUAACACGGGUGUUGGUAGUCCGUCUAAGGGUCUCCCCACACCUAUCCACUCUGAAUAGAGUACAUAAGUUUUCAAUUUCGUAAUUACCCAAAAUAUGGCGUGCCAAUCAAUUAUAAAUUAAUUAUGUAUUAUCUGUGGCAGGAUACCAUUGAAAUCAAUGAAUCUUCAAUAAUUAUUAAAUUCGAAUUAAUUAUUAAUAGGUAAGUACAAUUUCAAUGUUUAGAUUGAUCAGCCCGAACAAGAUAACGUUCCGUUCGAUCUCUAGGUUCAAUCGCUCGAAAAUUCAUCUAACCUAACCUAUUGAAUUAUACCCUACUAGAAAUAUGGUCACGCCUAUUUACAACUUUUAACAUAUGAUAAUGAUAACCCCCCCUUUUUUAUUCCAUCCUUGUGCACUGUCAUUGCUCCGCAGAACAAAGGAAUAAAUACAUAUCGUUUUGAUAAAAUUAUUCGCGACGCAUCGGAAUAGGUAGUUAUGGUCGAGCACUCGUCACGGGUUAUCGUAUCACUCGAUAUUUGCGGACACCACUUGAGCACUUGUUCGAAAUUUGAAUUUUGUUUUAAUUACACGCGGAAAAAAACGUGUAAAUAGUGUUGUUCUCGUGUUCAAAGUUUAUUUAGUGUUUUUUUUUGUUAUCUCAGUUUGUUCUGUAUAUUGAGUGCAGUGCUUGGAAUAGUAUAAGAAUUUGGCGUUCUCUUGUGGAUUUUUGCCAAAGUGAAGCGACAGGAAUCCAGUUUUACACGGAUAUGUAUCUAUAUUUAUACAUGAGAGCGAGCGACGGUGUCCGUCGCUGCGUAUAACAUGCGCUCCAUCCUGGCCUACUACGCCGACGCGGUAAUGGCAGCGGCGGCGCGCGGCGCGGGCUGCGCGCUCGGCUGCAGCGGCCGCGGGGACUGCCUCAACGGCACGUGCCUAUGCGAGAUCCGGUAUUCCGGUGACGAGUGCGCCGGGCCCAACAUGCCUUACCAUGCGUGUAUCGGCGGCGUAUUUCUCCUAGUCGCCUUCGUAUGCGCCGUGCAACUAACGAUAUGCAUAGUGUCGGAGUACAGAAGACUCAAGGCGCCCACCUUCCUUAGAGCCUGCAAGGUCACCACUCAGAAAAUGCUGUACCUCGUCGCGUUCCUGGCCUCGCUCAUACGCGGGGCCUACUUCGUGUCACCUUCAGCGUUCCAAGAGGGCUGGGCGACGAGCCUUCUCUCCGCUUACUAUCCAUUGCUCCUGUCUGGCUCUUCGCUCAUCGUCUGCUUCUGGGCCGAGGUGUUCCACCUCCGCGAUAUCCGCUGGGAGCGGCCCCGGUUCCUGUCCAAGUCAUUCCUGGCGUUCGUGACGUUCAACCUGAUCAGCUACUCGCUGCUGGCGGCCGAGGUGCUCACCACCAACGUUGCUGACACUACCGCUAAAGAGAAGAGCUUCUACCAGCACGUGUUCAACGGCUGCUACGCGGUGCUGCUCUUCAUCGUGGUCACCUUCUUCCUGAUCUACGGCGUAGAAGUAUAUUUCAAGCUUCGCGGCGAAUUCCUCAAGGAGACAAAGGUGUGCACAGUGAUACAACCGCGGCCGGGGCCUUCUUCCGCGGCAGAUGAUGACGCUCAAGCCACGCUCGUCACCAAACAGGGCGUCCAAACGGACAUGUCUCGCGGCGGUGCAGUUGAUCCCCGCUCGGUGGACCACUCCCAACUCCACCAAUCCAGGGUCGGGCUCGUCAGCCAGGCUUUGAUGCUGAUCCUCAUUGCUGGGUUCCUCGCCUCGGAGACACUCAGCGAGCUGUGGAAGACUAAAGUCCCAGUGGUUUCCCGCAACUGGCACGACCUUGUGUUCCGCCUUGCCGAGAUCGGGGUCGCGCUAUGGUUCCCCUGCGUCCUGUGGAACUCCAUGGCACCCGAGCGACUGUGGCUCCUGAACCCUCGGCGCCUGUUGGCGCGCCAGCUCGACGAUGCCAAGCUGCAGGAGUUGUUACAGCAUCACCAGGACGCUAAGCAAGACGUCGAAACCGAUUCGCUAGUGGGCAGCGUCGGCUCCGCCCGCGACUGCUGGAUCUGCUACGACAGCUCCCGCCCCGAGCCCCUCAUCCACCCCUGCCGCUGCACCGGCGACGUGUCCGCCGUGCACCACGACUGCCUCAGCCGGUGGCUGGGAGAGAGUGUAAAAACACCUGACGGCUUGAAAUGCAAGGUGUGCAACACGCCCUACAUCGUCCAGGAGACUAGCAGGGUGGAGUGGGAGCGCGGGUUCACGGUGGUGCACUGGGUGCGCACGGCGCUGUGCGUGGCGUGCAUAUGCGGCGCCAGCGCUGCCGCCUGGGUGGCGGUGCAGCUGUCCACGUCCCCAGUGGUGAGGGUGCUCGCCGCCGGGGCAGCCUCACUAGUGUGCUACGUGGCCGUGAGGUAUGUAGUACAGGGUGGAGUGGGAGCGCGGGUUCACGGUGGUGCACUGGGUGCGCACGGCGCUGUGCGUGGCGUGCAUGUGCGGCGCCGGCGCCGCCGCCUGGGUGGCGGUGCAGCUGUCCACGUCCCCAGUGGUGAGGGUGCUCGCCGCCGGAGCAGCCUCACUAGUGUGCUACGUGGCCGUGAGGUAGUACAGGGUGGAGUGGGAGCGCGGGUUCACGGUGGUGCACUGGGUGCGCACGGCGCUGUGCGUGGCGUGCAUGUGCGGCGCCGGCGCCGCCGCCUGGGUGGCGGUGCAGCUGUCCACGUCCCCAGUGGUGAGGGUGCUCGCCGCCGGAGCAGCCUCACUAGUGUGCUACGUGGCCGUGAGGUAGUACAGGGUGGAGUGGGAGCGCGGGUUCACGGUGGUGCACUGGGUGCGCACGGCGCUGUGCGUGGCGUGCAUGUGCGGCGCCGGCGCCGCCGCCUGGGUGGCGGUGCAGCUGUCCACGUCCCCAGUGGUGAGGGUGCUCGCCGCCGGAGCAGCCUCACUAGUGUGCUACGUGGCCGUGAGAUUCCUUGGCAUGAACACCGUAACAGCCUAUCAAAAGGCCAAGAUCUCCUCUCUCCGCAUUCUCACGGAACCAAUGGAUGCCCCACAGGACGACCAGCUAGCUACCAUCAGCAAGACGGUCACCGUCGAGAUCGCUUCCAAAGCGGUGUUGGAGCGAGCUCUAAAGGGGGAGAUCAAUAAAUAAACUAGUGUUGUGAACAGUGAUUAAAAUCUGUGAAGUGACACCCCUGAAUCUAAAGCUAGAAAACGCAAUAUCAGUUAAUCAGAGAGAAGAUUGAUCCUAACGCGGUCCUAGAGUGAGUUCUAAAGGGGGAGAUCAAUGAAUAAACCGUAGUGAGUGUAGUGAACAUGUGACAUCCCUUAAAAACUGCGAAACACCCCCGAAUCAUGCGCUAGAUGGCACAAAACCUGCUAGCGAUCAUCAGAAAAACGGUCACCGAGCUUCUAAAGCGGUUGUCGAACGAGCUCUAAAGGGAAGUGAUCAAUGGUGUUUGAAACAGUGUUGUGAAACUACGUUAAUGUCACCCGAUUGAUUAAUUAUUGUGUCUGCAAAACGUAGUUGACACCCCUAAGGAUUGAUGAAGUGUUCUUGGGACACCCCUAAAAAUGUCAGUGCCCCGUAGUAUCUGUGAGUUAAUAGGGGUUUCAACAGGAAGUGAGUGCGCUCUGAAAAACUAAAUUCUUUGUGGGAACGAUCAAUAUUUUAGUGUCUCGAUACAUAUAUCGCUUGCAGAUCAUUUGAUGAGUGAUAGCCCUGAACAUUGUUCGAGAUUUAGAACUAUUAUCUACAUAAAAAUAAUUAGGGUUGUCACGCCAAGCAAUCACAUCAGCAAAAAUGACUGUUACGAUCAAUUUUGGUUUGUAAAAUUUUGCAGUUAGGUAUGGAAGAGAGGAAGUGAGAGGGAGAUUUUCAAAGUGAAACGUGAAAUAAAUGUGUGACAAAAAACUUAUACGUUAUAACUUUACAUUAACGUUAAGGGUACCUAGCAAGCUCGGUUCUCCAUACAAACAUAAUUGCGCUCUCAUUCUAAAACGACUAGCUAGAUUCCUUUGAAACUUUGUACUUACAAUAGGAUAAGGUAUAUGUAGGGCUGUAAUUAGUUUAUGUAGCCUCAGGUACCAUAGUUAAAAAUAUAGCGAAUUUAAGAUUUUCAUACAAAAAUUGUUUUUCCUCUAUUUCGUUUGUUUUAUAAGGUAGAGCAAUACGAACUAAUUUCAGCCCUAGAUAUACCUCGUGUCAGUAUAUGCAGUGUCAUUACAAUACAGCACGUAGUUUUAAAAUGAGAACGUAACUCCGUCUGUAUGGGAAGGUGAAAUUCGGCCGAGAUUGGCGGGGACUCUUUAAGCGCCGAUUGAAUACAUUUUAUUUGUAGUCCCUUGGGUAACUGUCAUUCCCUUCCAACCUAACUUCGAGUUCUCGAUAUCGAACGGGUAAGGUUGGUCAAAAUGAGAAUAACCGGGUCCAAUAAGGACCCAGUAACAGCAACAGUACGGUCAAUGAGGCCAAGACCGUCUAUAUGAGAAGACCAUCUGUAGUCUUUUUCAAACGCAAAGGGUAGGGUGACAUUUGUUUUCUUUUUCAUUUCACGCCAUUAACGUUCCAGACCAAUAUUUUUUACAAAAAUAACUAGAAUCCAAAUAGGACAAAAAUACAUAUCUUCGUAGCUUAAAAUAUAUAUUAUCAUGUUAUAAAAAUGAAAAGAUAAAUUUUAAUAUCGUUGAGUUUCAUUAUUUAAAACGGAACUAGAUUCCGGUCGUGUCAAAUCGUUUCAGUUGUGUUCAAUUGUGAAGGUAUGUUUACUUAAAAAUAUAAAUCAUCACCAAUAGACUCUAUUAUAUGCCCUUUGCAGAUUUAAUUGAGAAUCGUAAAAAAAAAACAUUUCUAAUUUGCAUUGUCUCGUGGCAAUCAUAUGGUCGUCCCUAUAAUUGCUUUUUGACAUGUCAGCCUACCAUUCCGUUUGAAAAAUACUUCGGAAAAUUUGAUUUUAAUCUCAAAAUGCAGAACUCUUACUUAUAUCUUCUGUUGCCACCGUGUAAUAUAUUAACUCAACUUUUUUUUUUCUUAAAAAAAACCUGAUCACGGAAUUAAUCUAAAUUUUACAUCAUUCCAAGUUUUAAAAACGCGAUUAUAUGAAAUGUUUUUGGAGGGAAAAUGUUACCACUACUUUUGAGGUUAUAAUUUUUAUAAAAUUUCAAAUCUGAAAAAAACGGACUAUAGUUAUUUUUAAUGUUGCCAUGGUGCUGAUUACUUAUAUCAAAGUAUGGCUCCCGCAUUUACGCAAUAAAUGAAGCACUGUAAACAAACAUUGAUUUAUAGUUAAUUUUAAGGUGUCUUACGUUAGACAUGUUACCCAUUUGGUACAAAUGUAACGAUUAUAUCACAGAAAUUCGUAGUUUCUUGUAAAUGUAUUGAUAUUCUUUACGUAUUACUUUACGCAUAUUACGUGUAAUUAAUAAUUAUAUAAGGGGUCGUGGACAAUCAAAACAUCAAUGUUUCGACUUUUUAAAGUUAUUUAUACAAAAAAGGUAUAUUUUUGUUUUCUUAUUUUUUCUUUCGGGAAACAUUUAAAAUAAAAACACAUUUAAACAUUAUUUUUAGUUUAUUCACACUGCCAUUUAUCUCAAAAAGAUAGAUACCAAAUGACUUGUGAGGAAUUAACAACUGGAGACUAUAUAAAUCUGUAUAAAACAGUCUGCCGAUUUUUGUGGGGGAGGGGCACGCCAAAUUUUUUUUUAUAUACUACGUCGGUGGCAAACAAGCAUACGGCCCGCCUGACGGUAAGCAGUCUCCGUAGCCUAAGUACGCCUGCAACUCCCGAGUUACAUGCGCGUUGCCGACCCUAAAUCCUGAAAAAUCCUGAAAAAUGAAAUGUCUGAUAAACGUCAGUCCAUACAAUAAAUAUGACUUUUGGCCGAAGUUUUCGACAGAGAGGUAAGCUCUUAAAGGCGACGUUUACUUAACAGUUGUUAAAUCCUCCAAGCCAAAGAAAACUCGGCAACAGGUAGUACAGUUUGACCCAGGACUGUCUCAUUCCAAACAUAGCCAUAGAGAAUCAUACUGCCUUUGUUUUACGCUAGUACUGGCACCGAAAAGAAAGGGAUGAGUAUAGUUUUUCUGGUUCUUACUGACUGAUAAGUGUGUUUGUGUUUGGGGCAGAAAGUUAAAAAAUUUCGUGUUAUCAAAAAUAAUCGCUUUUUUUUCGUAAAUAAUUAUGUUCAAAGUCGAUUCAUUUUAUAUUUAACAAUGAUUGUCCAUGUUCCCCAAUUCUUAAGAGGCUGCUAAUUAUUAAAAAUUAUAUAAAGUCUGACCAGUAAUAUAUGAUCACGCGCCAUAUUGCGGAAUUUCAUUGGAACUAAAUUCUUCAUACUAAACUGAACUGUCACCAUAUACACGAGAAUAACAGCGCCCUCUUGACUCUAGAUGAUCAUAUAUUUCUGGUCGAGCUUUACUUAAGUAAAGAAUUUUUAAAUUCAAGUGUUUUGGGAAACAAAGAUGAAUAGAAAUCUUUUAGUGCCAAAGAUGAGAUGGCUGGAUGGUUACAAUAAAAAAUUGUAAGAUAUACGUAUUAAACCUUUUCCAGGCAUAGUAGGAUUUAUCGACCCCAUACGCGCCAAUAGAAUUUUAACUUUAGCAUUCCGAUUUAAGGUUUAAAUUAGCUUGCAUUUUCGGGAAAUGUGACUUGUCUUCAAAUGAAUCAUCGAAGCUGUAGUGCAGGGGUCGCCAAAUGGCGGACCGCGGUCCGCAUCCGGACCGCCGACCCGUUUUGUGCGGACCGCGAGAACACAGCAACUUUUGCAGUACGUAAUUUAAAAUAAAAAUGUAUCCCCCGCAUUAUCUUUGUUGACGUCAAUUUGAAAAGGCCGGGCGAAGUCACUAGCUAAGAUAGUCCAGAUAGUCCGCAACAAAAACGGACAUUUUUCUUAUUGAUAUGUAAAAAAAUACCUUUGUUUUUUCUGUAAUUACAUUUGUUUAAUAAAUAUUUUUUCUAUAAAAUGUUGUGCGGACCGCGAUGGUCAUUUCAUUUCUUAAUACAGACCCCGAGCGAAACUAAUUGGUGACCCCUGCUGUAGUGUGUGUAAAGCUGUGUGGGCUAAGAUGCUCUUUAUCAUUUGUCACCAUGCUUGUCACGUUCUAACAAGUAUGUAAGUGCGAAAGUGACGGGCAUAGUGACAAGCGGUAAAAAUGGAACCAUGCUGCCACCGCUGGAUUCAUUGGAAUAUAUUUGGAUUUUAUGGGAAAACCUUGUAGAGUCAGACCAUGAUAAGUUGGCAGCGAUUUUGAUAGCCCAGCCUGUGCAAGUGUUAUAGCCUAAGUAUAAGUAUAAGCACAAAAUAAGAAAUAAACAGAAGGUCCGUUCCCGCCGUUCUUGAAAAUACAUACCUAAACUUGCCCGAUUCACUAGGGUUGCUUCUGUAUUAAUUUCGAAUUUUAAAAAGGAGUAGGUAAUAUAAGUUUACAGACAUACAUACAUCGAUUCGUUUAUACAUACAUCUUAUCAUGUUUACAUUCCUUAGAGACUGCAUUUUGACGUACAUGACAGUAGGUACCUACGUAGCGGCGGGGACGUCAAGUGAGCAACGCGCGCACAGCCUGACUAAGCUCUGCCCGAGAGUGCCCGAGAACGCCUGUAAAUGUAACGUCGGUGUGCGUAAAUGUCACGUCUGUGUGCAUGCGGCGAAAAUGGCACUUUGUACUGAGCGGACUCUGCUCCGGCGCGCGCCGCCGCUAUUUACUUUGUGGUAUAAGCUUGUACGUCAAACAUCUAUGAAAUUAUGACGUUUACUUAACACUUAACACAGGCUAGGCUAUCAAAAUCGCUGCCAACUUAGCUUGGUCUGACUCUGGAUCGGUGCUGCCUGGAAAAGGGUUGAUUGAAGGUUUUCUAUAUUUUCAUGCGCUAAAUUAAUGUAGAAAGUAAUAUUUCACUUAUAAUCAUACGAGUGUUAUGGACUGUAAAAUGGUAAUAAAUAUUUUUAAUUCGGCUGUGUAAAGAGAGAAUGGUAAUUUUAAAUCAAGUUCUAAUAGUUGUCAAGUAGCAACCAGGAAGUCAGCCAUGAUAAUGUUAAGCGUCAGGACAAGGCACGGAAACCGGUUAAAUAUCCAAACCGUGAUCAUGUACUUGGUGCGCAACCAUUUAAAUUUCGGUUUCGUUCGUAGAACUGUUAUUUUUAAACCGGUUUUUAGGAGAACAUUUCCUUAAAGUUCUUGUUAGAAACCGGUUUAGAACAAUAAAAAAGUGUCUUUGUUUACGCGGGACACCACCACGCCGGCCGUCUCGCCGCUCGUCGAAUAAACCGGUUUAUUUGGGUUAUAAUAAAGUUCUUAAAACGUUCGCGUUCUUAUGAAAGUUCCGAUAUUAUAACCGAAAUAAACCAGUAUUUACCGUUAUUUUUAAAACCGGUUCCGAGCCUUGGUCAAGGAUUUAUUUGUCUAUUAUACACGUCACACGUGACAAUAUUUCGAUUGCCUACUUGAAAAGAACCGAUUGCUAAUAGAAUAUCGCUAUUUAAACUUUUGGACUCUUUACGUCAUAAACAAAAAUGUCACUCACACGCCAAGGUCACGGGCGCAAGCGAGCUAAUGUAAACCUUACUAGAAAUUUUGAAGGUUAAUUUGACAGCGUACGCCAUCUAUAGUUGUCCUUGGCGCGGUGGGCACGACUAGUAACGACGCCUUUAGGUGUUCUUGGCGUUCAAAAGGUUUAAAGCAGAUUUUUUUUGCAAAUUUAUUAAGUUUUUUAUUAUUAUUUACGCCCAGCAUUUUCGUGGUCGCAUUUUUGUCGAAUGUGUCACUAAAUAAGAUAUUAGAUAACUAGAGAUUUAAAUUUUCUAUCUAGGUGCUUAUUAAAACUUUUUAUGUAUGUAUGAAAUUGAAAACCAUGAGAAAAUAUAGAAGCUAAAAGUUUCAAUGCAAUUGAAACUUCAUCAAAAGAAGUUUUAUAUUUAUAACGUUUAAUUGAGACGUUUGGUGAGCAGUUCGGUGUGAUUAAAGGUUUGGUUUUAUCAACCACGGCUACCGCGAGUUGGACAUUUACGCUAGCGACUUCGUACACUCAAUCGCAUUCUCUCGUACCAAUACAUCAGUGCGAGCGACAUGGACUGCGAUCGAGUGUACGCAGUCGCUUAAGUAAACGUCAAGUGUCCACUCAUGGUAUGGCUACUGAUUUGCAUUGCGCUCAGUAAAGCUCUGGUUUCCUAGGAUAGCGGUACCGUCAUAUAGCGGCCGUAAUAUUACGGACGCAAAAAUAAUGUUCCUUCAAUCACCGCCCUCUAGGACACCGCCAUAUUGUUUACAUAGUCAACGUUCUAGUAACGUCAUUCAGCCGCACAUACAACAGAAGUCACCUUCUUCCUUAAACUAUCGGCCCGGUUCGAAAAAUGAUUUAAACACGUUUAAGAUCUUGGAAAGAUCUUUAAAAGAUCGAUAACUAAACGACAUGUCAAAAUUGACGUUUAUUUCGAUUCCGCUGUGUUCCCAAUAAGAUUAUCUACGAUAUUUCUAACGUCAAAGUGACAUUGGUUGUCCGAAUCGAGCUACUUCUGUCAAUUAUACGACAUACAAACGAUAUCUAAAUGAGAACUUAUCAAAACCCGAACUUAUCGUUAGCGUAUGUCAUUCUUCGAAUCGGGCCGUAAGGCUGUAAUAGGGUAUUUGACUGUAUUUAAAAUAAAUUAUUUCACACCAUGCGCGAAAUAAAGCACAAUAACAUUAUUAGAGAAACUUAGACAGCAGUUAUUUUUAGAAACUAGUUCUAUUUUAUAAACGUAUAUAUCCUAUACGGCCGCUAUAUGACGGCACCUCUAUCUUAGGAAACCAGAGCUUUAGUAAAAAAAUGAAAAUUGCGCAAUCACCUUACCAACCGUCUUAGUUGAGUGACUUGAGUGAUAAGAUUAUGAAUGAAUGAAUGAAUGAAUGAAUGAAUGAAUGAAAUUAUAAUUUACUAUUUGCAUAUUUAGCGCGUGUUCCAGUGAAUUAAUAAUUUGUAUGUUCACAAAUACCACUUACAAUGUAAUUUACCAGCAUUCGUGCCAAAAAUAUAGAAACGAUGAUAUACGCACGUAGGCUACGGUACUAGCUUACUCCCAAACCGAUCAUAGGCUUGUUUUAUAUAGCGGCACGAAAAAAAGUAACUGGUAUUUGCAUUUAAUAAAGAUAUAACUUGCCAUUUGAUUAUAAUAAAAAAUCGCCAAAAUUCACGUUCCGCUUGUAUUCUCGUCAAUUAUAUUCGAUAUCAUAUAUUUUUGUGAAAAAAAAAUCUAUUUUGCUAAUUAAACUAUCGGUAGUGUAAAAGUAGUUGGCUAGAUCUUCAACUGUACGUAUAAUAUAUAGAAAUGGGACAGAGUUAUAGUAGAAUAUGGAGUUGACAUUGCCUCCCUGUCACACUUACGGAAUGACAAGUGCGACAGAGAGGCAACACGUCGAACGUGGUUCGAGGUAGGCCCUCUGCACGGCUACCACAAGUUAGCAUUUGACAUUUACGUUAGCGUGAACUAGAUCGUAUUCCCUCUCUAUCGCACCAAAACAUCAGUGCGAGCGAGAUACUCUGCGAUCGAAUUUACGCAGUCGAUAAAGUAAACGUCAAGUGUUAACUCGUGGUACGGCUAAAUAUUUACCUACAACUGAUUGUUAAAUCGGUUUCUUUUUAAACUUCAUAUUCUACUAUAACUUUUGUCUAAAUAGAAAAUCAAGUAUACGAGCUAAUGGAAAUAAAGUAGUCAAAAUAGGAAGUCGGACUGCGAUUAAAACGAAUUUCCCAUUGAACAAUAAAAGAAGUUUUAAAAAUAUACGGAAUGAAGUCGGCAGAUGUCGCUUUACGCCACCCCAGAAGGCGUAUAUACAUAAGGGAAGGAAUUGAGAGAUUUGCGAGGUUCUGGUAAGUUUCCGUAGCUCAAUUGGUUAAACGCAAUGCACGAAUUGCUGAGGUUGCGGGUUCAAUUUCUGCUGAAAGCGUCUAUUUAUAGAUUUUUUCCUUUAAUAUAUAAAUUUGUAGGACCAAGCUAACUCUUCAUGGCUUUUGAAAUUACAACGUGUGGCAAUUAAGCCCCUGGUGUAUAUGAAGCCAUAUGUGGCAGUUGUAAUAAUCAGCUCUAUUGACGGCUAUUAAAGUCCAUAAACAAAAUAAUUUCAUUUCACAGGUUAAUGUCAAUUUUCUAUAAAAAAUAUGUCAAAAAUAUUAUAAUGACACUCCUUAACUUUGUUCUAUACAAGUCGUUUGCUUGGGUGCUUCGUUAGUUAACCAUUUUGACUUCAAUGACGGACAUGCCCGUACUGUAGUUACAGUCAGCAAAGCUAUCCACUUGGCACUCCUGCAUACAAGUGUGUAUGCAGGGGUGCAAAGCCAAAGACGGAUUAAUCUGUCACAGAUCACAGAGUAACAUAUACCUACGUACAUAUACAUAUAGUUCAAUGGUGACAUGGCAUCCGAGUGACAGCUUGUGUUUGACACGGCGUCGAAAAGGUUACAAACCAAAAAAUAAGUAAUUUGACUAUGCAGUCCGAUCCCCUAUUUUGCCUAGAAGCAGCGCCUCAACCAUUUUCAUGAUCUCGUAUACAGUAGCUAUAGAUCGUGUCAUUCACGAGGACGCGUGCCAUGACUCGUAUUGUCAUGACAUUAAAGGUUAGAUUUGACAAAUCUGCGCGCCAUCGUGGAUGACACGACCUAUAUUAUAGCUAAUUGUAAUAUCAGUUUUCAUGUAGUACAAACUGAAUACGUAGUUCGAAUAGAGCUGUUAAAACUACUUCCUAUUCCUUGAUCUCUGGAACCUAAAACUAUGACUUUAAAAAGUUAUUAGAAAAAAAUCCAACAACAUUCGCAAGGAGUUUCAGUCUAUGUCUUAACACAUCCACUGCCAACAUUUUCGUACCGCUACUCUCGUAGCCGAUCCCAGCGUUUUCCCGCUUUGUAGAGGAAAGUGACUAUGAACAGAGAGCUCGCUGAGCGGGUUCCCGGCACUCAAUGUGUUAAGGAUAUAGAGUUGAAAUUCCUCUUUCUGAGUCCUCGUUUAAAAUUGAAAAUGUAUUAAAAUAAUGUAAGGUUGAAUAAUUUUUUUGUAAAUAUUCUUCGUAAGAGGUUUCGAACGUGACUGUGGAUGUGAAAUACAAAUAAAUGUAGAUGAGAGUAGGUA